AUGAGCGGUCUCCGGUACGACGCCGAGUUCGCGUCCUUCAUGGCCGCCGUGCCUGCCGGGCCGGAGAAGCCCGACUUCCAAAACGUCCACGAGCUGCGCGACUGGACCGACAAGCUGCUACACCUCAUCUUCCGCAUGGCCCCGACCCCGCCCACCGUCGAGACCUUGGAAUUCAAAGUGCCCUCAACGCACGACGGUGCCGACAUCACCGUUGUCCGCUUCGCCGAAGCCGACGUCCUUUUCCGCGCGGAGCCCCAGGCCGCCAUCAUCUACUUCCACGGCGGCGGUAUGGUCGCGUCUUCGGUCGAGACCUUUGGCCCCUCCGUCGCCCGCCACGCCAGCGCGAGCGGCGUCGUCUUCUUCGCCGUUGACUACCGCCUCGCCCCCGAGUACCCCGCCCCCGCUGGCGUUGAGGACGGUUAUGCGGCACUCAAGUACGUGAGCGAGAACGCCCUCGAGUUUCACAUCGACCCGGCCCGCAUUGCUGUCAUGGGCGACUCUGGUGGCGGUUGCAUCGCAGCAGGAGUGGCGCUUAUGGCGCGAGACCGAGCCCUAAGCCCGCCGCUCGCCAAGCAGAUCCUCAUCUACCCCAUGCUCGACGACCGUACCAAGCUCGACAAGGAUGCAGACCUCCACAAAUUCCUCACCUGGCAGCUCCGCGACAACGUCAUGGCGUGGAACGCGCUGCUCGGCGAAGACAAGGCCGGCAACCCCGACGCCGAGGUCAACACCUACGCUGUCCCCGCUAGGAACACCAACCUGAGGGGCUUGCCCCAACCUAUCUCGAUGUUGGCAGAUGUCGAGGUUGAAUUUCACUUAUGGGCGGGCGUGCCCCAUGGCUUCGAGGGUGCCGCUACUACGGCUGUUGUUAAGAGCGUGUUAGCUGCUCGUACGAAGGCGAUGACGAGUUUCUAG